UGUGGGCGCGCGGCUUGAUUCGUUCAGUUUGGCUGGGUCUGUUGACUUCGCGGGCGCCGAGGCCGCCGCCGUUUGGGAAAUGGCGGGUCUCUCUGCUAUGGAAAAGAAAUUGGCUGAGUACAAGUGUAGUACAAAUGAAGCAAUUCAUCUAAAAUUAGUCCGCUUCCCAGAGGAUUUGGAAGAUGAUAGUACAACAUUUCAUCCAGAGUUCAGCCAUCAAGUUUUUGGGGAUGAUGAAGUUGCCUUUGGUUACAAGGGACUGAAGGUUCUUUUGUAUUACAUCGCUGGUAACUUGUCAACGCUGUUUCGCAUUGAUUAUACAUCAAAAGUUAAUGAGAACUUCGAGUGUGUGGAGGCGGAUGAUGUGGAAAGUAAAAUUAGAGAAAUUAUUCCCCCAGGUUUUACCAGAAGUAUAGAUGACUUGGUAUCUCUGCUGGAAAAAGAAGUUAACUUUAAACCGUUUGGGAUAUUACUGCAUACAUAUUCUUUGCAUAAUGAAGAAGCAGGUGAAGACAUAACAUAUCAAAUAUACAAGGCUGACAUGACAUGCCCAGGCUUUCGAGAGUAUCAUGAAAGGCUUCAGACCUUCUUGAUGUGGUUUAUUGAAACAGCGAGCUUUAUUGACGUGGAUGAUGAAAGAUGGAACUACUUUCUAGUAUUUGAGAAGUAUAAUAAGGAUGGAGCGACACUCUCUGCGACUGUAGGCUAUAUGACAGUCUAUAAUUACUAUGUGUACCCAGACAAAACCCGGCCACGUGUAAGCCAAAUGCUGAUAUUGCCUCCGUUCCAAGGAGAAGGCCAUGGAGCCCGGCUAUUAGAAACUGUCCAUAGAUACUACAUGACAUCUCCUACAGUGCUUGAUAUAACAGCUGAAGAUCCAUCUGAAAGCUAUGUGAAAUUGCGAGAUUUUGUAUUAGUAAAAUUGUGUCAAGAUUUACCCUGCUUUUCUCCAGAGAAUCUUCAGCAAGGCUUCAGUCAAGAUAUGGUAAUAGAAGCUCAACAGAAGCUGAAAGUAAAUAAGCAACAUACACGGCGAGUUUAUGAAAUUCUCCGGUUACAUGCAACAGACAUGAGUAAUGCAGAACAAUCCAGAAGUUUUCGAUUGGAUGUAAAAAGAAGAUUGAUGGGCCCAUAUAAGAAAAAGCAGAGAGAGAUUGCCAAGAUGAGAAGAUGUUUAAGACCAGAAGAGUUGACCAAUCAGUUGAACCAAAUAGACAUAAAUUUACAACAUAAACAAUUGGAAGAGACGUACCAGCAACUUAUUUCAGAUUAUCGACGAGUCCUAGAACGACUUGCUCAGGUCUGAGGAUUCUCUGUAAGAAACACGCAAACUUCUGCCUAUUGCAUUGUGAAAUACAUUCAUGAUCACUGCUCCACUGCAAAAUUUCAUGUGACAUUUUAAUCACUUUCGAAAUGACUGUGGUAUUCUGUAUUUUGGAUUUUUUAUAUUUUUGUGUUGUAGAUUCUAAAAACCAGUACUUCAAUUUACUGGUACUUUGCUGAAAUAAAGGAAGUAGAUUACAAGCAUUAAAAAAAA